AUGAGAAAAGCAAGGGCUGUGGCAAGAGUGCCAAAGCUUACCCACUUUAGGAACUCCAUGUUUGUCGCUGCCUAUCGAGAAGUCAAGUAUGCUAAACGUCUGUUGGCGCCUGCGGUUCUUGGCAGUCAAGCGCCUUGUCAGGCACACCACACCACCGCUAAAAGCGUGCGCCAACAGUUUAAGAAUGCGUGUGCGUCGCCCGGCACUGAUCACAUUCGCACUCGUCGCGAGCAUUGUACCUUCGUCUGCCUUCAGGGUGGCCUUGGAAAGCUACUUGAAAUUGGAGGUGGAGCGAAGAGUGACCAGGCCUUGCAGUAUGCUGAAUUGGAUCAAGGUGGUAGCAGUCUCUCUAGUUCUGCAUUUUGUACUUUGCGAUGUUGGUUCACUUCGACGGCAAUUGUAUGUUCUCAAUGCACCACUUUUUCUUGCUUCACCCGUAGACACCGUAUCUAUCGUCUUCGGAUUCCAAGGAAUAUUGCAAAAUCUUUCCUAGAGGCCUUGGAGGCAGGGGAAGACAAUAUGCAAUUUGACGUCCUUCAGUCAUAUCGAUCGGGUGGAGGCUACAUAGAUAUCAUGGUGGGACCAUCAGCCCUGAAAGAUUUCAAACGGCUUAUCCGUAUUCACAAAGUUUCUGCACAACUUAUUGAUAGCGACGUAGAAAGGUCCAUCGGACGCUCGAAGCGGGCCAACAUGAGAGCAAUGUCAAGAAUCCGCUCACGCAGAUCAGAUGGCCACGCUAUGUCUCAUGAUGCUUACUUUCCAUUCAAUGUAAUGGAGGAUAACCUCCAUGAAAUCGUCAAAAAGGCCAAAGUUGCAACUCUUGAAGAACUUGGAAAGACUACACAAGGAAGGUCCAUAUGGCUUUUAAAGCUAACCUUACUUUUAAAGGUAUCAGCAAACAAGUCGCUCCCCAUUAUCUGGAUUGACGCAGGAAUUCAUGCUCGUGAGUGGAUCGCUCCAGCCUCGGCCCUCUACAUUAUUGAUAGGCUCCUUUCGUGGGAGGGAUCCAGAUUGCUCCAGAAAUAUCAGUUCUACGUUGCACCUGAAAUUAACCCCGACGGUUACGUAUUCAGCUUCACGAGAAAUCGUUACUGGAGAAAGAAUCGCAAUAAGACUGCACAGAGUGACUGCUACGGUGUUGACCUAAAUCGGAACUUUCCUUUCAAGUGGGGCUUCAGCGGAUCUUCAUCAAAUCCAUGUGGUGAAAUUUUCAGAGGCCUUAGCGCAGCCGAUCAAGCAGAGACACAGAGCGUAGUGAAAAAGUUAACUUCAAUCGCAAACCAAACAAAGCUGUUCAUUACACUCCACUCGUAUGGCCAGUUGAUCCUGACACCGUAUGGAUUUCAGAGAGGCUUCCAUCCAGCCAACUACGAUGAAUUGCUGCGACUGACCCUGAAGAUCAUAUACAGAAUCUGGAAGCAACACGGAGACGUGUACUCGACCGGAAGCGCUGCUGAUCUCCUCUAUGCUGCCGCGGGUGGCUCGGAUGACUUCGCCUGCGGAUCUUUGAAGAUUCCAUACACCUACACGUUUGAAUUGCCAGACCUUGGGACCUACAACUUCUUGUUACCACCAGCUUAUAUUUCACUGGUUGGUAAAGAGAUGUGGACUGCCUUGGCAACUCUCGUAGACCAUAUGAAGUAG